GGCAGCGAGCUAUAAAAAGCUACGCCUCAGCCGGCUGCCCUAUCAGAAUCGAAGAGACCGCAUAUUGACAAUGAAGUGGCUGUCCCUUGUUUUACUUUCCAUCAUUGUAGCCGUGGCGAUGGCCGGCAGAGUGGUCAUCAAUGGCGCGUGUCGGGAUUGCUCCCCACCGGAUGCUGAGACUCUGGUUGUUGGCGGUCAAGUGUACAAGGGCAGACCCGGCGCUGGCACGGUAAUCAUAGGCUCCCCCGAUGGCUAUUCGAAUAAUUUGCCGCCACCAAGGGCCGGUGGUCCUCCCCCAAUCCAAAUACCCGAGGGCUUCAGCGGUCGGGUUCCUGGUGGCACCUACGUCCACAACUCGGACUGUGCCGGCUGCAGCAUUAGCGGUGGUGAUGACUAGGAAGCCACAAAAUUUAAGCAUCUACGUACCAGAAAUGACUGAUAUUUGCAAGAAAAGCUCGUGAUUUGAAAUAAACAUAAAACAAUUGAAAUUGCA